AUGAGCAUAUCCAGGAAAAAGCACCCAUCCACAUGCAAUUUGUCAUGCAAAGCACGUACCAAGUUCUAUGUUUGUCAUGCAAAAAGUGGAUUGGUUUUUUUUCUGUUGAUAGAACAUUCGGAAAAUCGACACUUUGCUGGCACUGUUUCAUGAAAACGACGGAAAUCUUCAAAGUCACAAUCAUCGUGGUCCUCGCACGAUAUCCUUCACGCCACGGGAGCGCGAAUCUCUUUGGAACAACCUGAAAAACCACGUAGACCAGGAAUUUCAGACGUGGCUACUGUUGCAGAAGACCAACUUCCACCGGCAGGGCAGUACUGGGAGUAGUACUGCUGGUACUAGUGCCAGCGCUUCCUCGUCGGGGAUCUCUGGUGGGAGCGGACUUUUCGCUGCAGGUGGAGCUGCUGCCUGUAGUUCUACUGGUGCUACUGUUGCUGAUGGUGCUGCUGCUGCAACCUCCUACUUAGGUACCGAUACGUCGCCGCAACAAGAAGAACCCGAGGCACCUCGCGAUGAAAACAGCACAGUGGCCGGCAGUUGUUUGGAGGAUGUUUCUGCUGUAGGUGCUGCGAAGACAGAAAGCGACUCGAAGAUUUCAAACGACGACCUUGUUGGCGAAGAUGGGACCACAGGAGCUAAGAUAAUGACUUCUAGUGGUAGCAGCUCCAGUUCCAUCAUAAAUCACGAUUUUGCAGCUGCCAGCCCCGUAUCGGACAGCGCCAGCACAGCUACACCGGGGAGCAGUUGCUCGACCUUGCGCUGUAUGCAUUGCAAAAGUAUCGUACUAGUUCUAGUAUGAAUGGCAUUGCAAAUUUUUUCAAGAACGAAAAUGGAGUCUGCCAUGCUGAUUUUUCUUUCGGAAUGGAAUUUGUCAUGCAUGAUUGUCAUUCGUGCGAGUACGAUACUUGUGCAAUGCAUACGCUGUAACAAGUCUUCCACGUCGUCUCUGUUUGCUCUGGAUGAAAACAGCACCUGCUCCCCCAUGUCUGCCGCCGCAGCCUUGCGGGGGCUUUCGCUGGACCAGAGCCCGGGUCGUGGUGGAGUAGCUGGAGUUGCAGCAGGUGUUGCUGCUUCACAUGACCACGACGUGCUGCCACCCGCCACAGAAUCAGAAGCCCCGUUUGGGAUAGGCCUAGUACCGCAGGAAUUUUUACGAACUGCUGCGGAACAAGGACAAGCCGCGUCAAGCAGAUCAACUCAAACUCUCGACGUGGCAGAUGCUGAAAGCGAGACGCUGCUGGCAGCUCCUUCUGGAGCAGCAGCAGCUCUCGAACAUGAUGAAAUCAACCAUGAUUUUUCUACCGCACACGAAUUGCAAGACCGCGCUGCUGUUUUGUUCCCGCUCGUUGACGAAGAAAUGACAGCAUCCGAAGCAGUACCACUUGCAGCUUCUCCCACUGGAGGUGCUCCAAACGCUGCACCACCAUUAUUUCCUAGUACGACAGCCACAGAUGAAGUAGAAGAACCGAUCAACACCCCCUCAUCUACACAGCAACCGAUACCGACCAGUGCCCCGCGUGCCCGGAUUUCUCGUCUGAGCAACCGGAUUCAGCGUCUGCGCCGCCGAAACCACGAAGCAGAACGGUACGUCGGGUUCGACCCCGACCAUGAUCGAAUAACGCUGGACUACCUGCGAACACUCGCGAACGCCGAUGGGAUGGAGGUUCCGCCUUCCGUCGUCCCGAGGUUUCUUCGUGGGGGUGUAAACAGGGCUGCGAACAACAGAGGUAGUGCUGGGGCUGCUGCUGCUGGUCCUGGGAGGAGGAGGCAAUCGUGGCGUGGAAGGAGAACGACAGACGCGUCAGCAAGUAGUUCUGCUUCGCCGAACAGUGCCGGGAAUGGAGCUAGCGCGUCGAGCACGACGACAAAUAACGUUUCUAAUGCUCCGAACACAAUGACAAUGAAUGCUGGUGGAACUUCUACUGUAAGCACUACGAAGCAACCCUCGACGUCGACAGUGGCGGCGUUUGUGCAGCACCGGGCGAUUAUGGACCUGGUCUCCACGAUCGGGGAGGAGGCGGCGGUUUAUCAUAUGUAAAAACGUCCCCACCCCAUCGUCAAGUUGGGAAAUCUGCAAGACAAAUCAACACGCUUUGGCUAUUACGCAUGACAAGCUUGGCCUCGUAGUGUAAUCCUCUUCAGCUAGUGCAGUAGCAUCACAGACGUAGCGCAUCGCGCUGAUUGGGGCAUCACAAAUUUCGAAACGUCACAGCUAGAAAAUGGAUAUGCUUCCCAUGGGGCUCCGCAUGAGAGAUAUCUUCGGCAUGCAGAUUUGCAUUACGGGGACGUUUUUGCAUAGGAGACGGCUGCGCUGCUGUUCUACCUCUUGGUGAAAAACAGCGGGGACUUGCGGCUGCACGAUUGCAGCGCGACAAGUGGCAGAACAUCAAGUCGGGGCUCAGGCAGAACUAGUUCAGGUGCUGCCGGGGCAGGUGGUUCCUCCCUUCCGUCUGUAAGUGCAGGUGCGGCUCCGGCGAUGCAAGAAAUGCGGUUUUGGACUACUGACGUUCCACGGAGCAUAGUACAACCACACGGCGAGGAGCAGAAUUAUCCAGAUAGUACGCGUCGAGUUGAACUAGCAGGCGAUGUGGAGAUGGCUGCCGGUCGUUCUAUCGGCGGUGCCGCGUCAAGCACAGGUCGGCUCGGUCCUCCUACAGAGAGUGUGCUUGUGCGAGAAAACUGUGACCACCUGGACCACCGAAGUUGUUCACCAGCUGAUUUUUCCAACGUAGAAGUCCAGCAACCGCGUCUGCACGAUCUGCAGGAGGAACAAGAAGGAGAAAGUGAACAGUUACUGCAAGAUGAAGGUCAACUACUGCCAAGGAUCGCGAAGCCCACGACUCCUGCCGCGACGACCUCCGAGAGCAGGGGCACAACGGAAAUCGGGGAAACACCGUCAGCGUCGCCUGUCGGGGAACAGGAGGAGGGCGACGUGGAAAUGGGAGACGUUGGCGCUGGUGUCCGGAUGAACUAUAACGAUGCACGUCGAGCACAGCGAGACGGAGACCACGAGUACGAUUAUGUUCUGCGGACAUCAGGAGCUGAUGAUGCGACCGGGUUUGAAGAAAUCGCACUUCUAGGCGACGAUGAGCACGAAGCUCUUGCUAAUAUGGAACUACUACACGACAAUGACGCAGUGCUACACCGCCUGCCUUCCUUCACUCCACCGUCUGAAAGACCAGAAGACCGUGGUGCGGUGCUGGAUACGCACAUUCUUACAUCGCCCUCUGAUGAGAUGAAUUCAGCGAGCGAAGCGGAUCAGCAGGAUUCGUCAGACGUUGCGGAGAUGGAAGAUGAUCGUACUGGACUGGACGAAAUAGUAAGCGCCGGUCAGAACGAUGCUCACAUCUCCGAUGGAGAAGAAGAUGACCUUUUGGCGCAGUCCAACAGUCUUCUCUCCCGGUCUAGUACCAGUUUGUUGUCUUUAUCUCCCUCUCGAAGUAGGGGCACGACUAGAGCACGAUCUAACACCUCCUCGGCGUUAUCUUCAAAUCUGAACUUUCCUCGCACGUCCUCAAGCGACUCUUUUCCUUUUGGCAUCCGACGGCAAGUUUCCAACCCGGCGAACAGUAGUUCCUUGGAAAGGAGCUUCGAUGUUAGCGGCGUCAGCGGCGGCUCGUUGACGCCCGGAGGUGGGCAGAGAAGAGCAGCAUCUUCCUCGGUUACUUCUAACAUUGCUGCGAUUCCCAUUCCGGACGACGAGGAUGAAAAUGAUCUUACCAGUUGUGAAGAGACGUCUUCUGAAGUAGGGGGAUUGGGGAUACCCGGAAGUGCGGUCUCUGCUGGUGGCGAGCGUGGUCGCGAAGCAGAGCGUGAACAAAAACAAAAUUCACCGCAAAGCAUCAGCGGCAAAGCCGCUGGCGACCUUUCGUGUUCACAGGAAGAGCUCCUGCUUCUUCCGCAGCACACCUGUUUGCGCCUGAUUCCAGAGGAUGGAAGUUUUUCGGACCACUUUGCAGGCGGGCGAUCUGGAUCCAGUAGUGGUUCUUUGCUACGUUCUGGUUCUGUCGCGCAGCAGCAGCAGCACGAGACGAGGACGACGACCACCAGUGCCGAUCUGAAAGAAGAGGAAAGGCCGACGCAUGACCACAAGACGCAGCCACCAGCUGUGGACCUAGAGGAGCGAGCCAAAGACCAUAUGUUGCAGCGGCUGGUGUCUGAUAUCUUUUUCGAAGCGGACGAAAACUGUUCUAACCUCUUCCACGACGACGUGGUCGAAUUUUUGCUGCAAACGACCGAGGAUCGCAGUAGCAGUUCGACUGGAAACGUCAACAACGACAGAGGAGAACAAGAACAACAGAGGGACGACCCUUCCGAAAAUGCAAAUAACAAUUCUAUGAUGUCAGAAACAGAUUCAGAUUCAGACUCUGCGGAGAUGACAAGCGAAGAUGGAGGCCCCGACUACAGCGACACUGGCAGCUCCAGCUCUAAAGACCCUACGGCUACUGCUCCUCAUGGUACCCGAGCCAGCUGUUCCUUUCCACGACCGACCGACAAAGCCGAACAAAUCCGCACGCAGGUUGUGGACUACUUGAAUUCUCAGAAAAUCGUCGGGCGGUUGCAACCGCGGCGCCGGGGCAGUAACCGACCGACUUCGAGCAAUGGUAGAAGGAACAGCAAUACUCGGAGGAGGUCUACAACAACUUCGAGCAAUUCUGAAGACGAUAACGUUAGCAACACCAGUUCCAAUAACCGGGAAGGUCCAAUAAAUGACGAUGAAGGCCACCACAGCUGCGGCACCGUCUGCUGCGCGGCAGUGAUCGCCUUUUCCGACCUAGGUUGCAUCUACCACUCGAUCGCGGCAACGCUUGCGCAGCCGAAUCUGUUACCCUUGAUGGCGAUUUUCCCCGUCAGCGGAUGUUUAGCCAGCCGGGUGAUGUUCGCGCAGUUCGCGGGACACAACCUGUUCGAAAGACUUUUCGAACGGGCGGAGCGGAACAGAACUAGGAACCAGGCACGGAAUAACAGUAACAACCAGGGCUAUUACCUGCGGAGCACCCGACUGCUGCGCGAUUGUUGUGACCGUUUCUUCGAUUACCACGAUUGUUGCUGCACGGCCAUCGCUAUCAACUGUAAAAAUGUCUGGGUCUGGAAGAUUUCCAGGUUUGUCAUGCAUAUUUCGCAUGGGUUAUGAUGCCUGUAAUGCAUGACCUAGCAUGACAGAUUUUUUGCGGGUAUCUUGAUGCCUAUCCCGCAUGACAAAUGCCCUCUCCGCGGAGCAAAAACUGGACGCCUCUUGCUGCUCAUGCAAUACAGAUUUUUUCAGAUUCGAAAAAUAGCAUCACAAGUUGCAUUCUUCCAGACCCAGACAUUUUUGCAAUCCAUAAUCGCUAGGCCGUACGUGGUGGUCACCGAAGCCUGUUUCCAGGGGAUUUUAGAGUGCGUAGAGGAUUGUGGUUGCUGCAGCGAAGCCUGUGAGGAUUUUCGACCGUUUGGGUGUGUAAGGGAUACCGUGGCGCAGUGUGCCGGGAGUGUGUGUUGCUGCUUUGGCUUCAGUGGUGCUGUUGCUGGAUCAGCCUCUACUACGACCGGGGGAAGAGACCGCACUGGCUCUGGUAUGUCCGGUACCUCGGCUCGAGAUCUUGCGGUGAGCGGAAGAACAAGUGCUAGUGAUAGUGCGGGACAACGAGGACUACUACUACACAACGAGGGUCGUGAAAGAGAACUGAUUUCUACGGACCGCGACAGCGGCUCGCAACACCUGCAGAUCGAACUGAGCAAUACGAAUUACGGAUCUACUACUAUCACCACUGGAUCUGGAACAACUUCUAGCGCAUCGAGAGUAUCACCAUCAACGAAAAAAACCGAGCCGAAGCCACCGUCUCGUUCUCCCCCCGCCCACUUCCUGGAACCGAUCCCGCAAAACGUGUCCGAGUUGAAAGACCUCCGCCUGUCCGACUGCGCGGCAGCGUUCAUCGCGCAUACGCGGCAAAGCCAGCGGCAGUGCGAGCUGAAGCGAAUGCGCGGCCGGAUCAAGGCGUUACUGACAGACCGUAUGGGAGUGUCAGGACCGAAAUCGUCAAAGUUGAGAUGGUUUGUCAUGCAUAAAAUGCAACGUCGCAGAGAAUGCCUCUAUUACGGAGGACGCAAACCACGUGGCUGAUUGUAGUGCUGGCAAGGGUCGAAGUCGAUAAUUGUGCUGCUGAUGAGCGUGACAGACGGGAGCCAUUUUGCUCUAAACAGCACGACAGACUUGCUUUAGAGCAGGCAAAGAAGAUUUGUCAUGCGCCGACUCUAAACUGUGGGCCCAGCCGGUAUCGAUUUUAUGCAUUGCAAAUUUUUUCAACUUUGUCGAUUUCGAUCCUGACACUCCCAUAGACCAAAUGGUCGACCGGAUGAAGUAUGGCUCGAAGAGGGAAAAGGCGAUAAGAUUGAACCAAUUGGCAGCUUUUGCGUCGGAGUUGCAGGCGGUCGUGUUGGCGGUGGAAGAACAGCAGAUAGCGGGGACGCAUGGAUGAAGAGGCUACACUGGUGGCGGGGACACAGCAAAUAGCGGGGACGCAGCUGGAGGAGGACCCCGGCGAGAAGGCCAGCAGGCAAAUAUCCAGUGCAAAUAUUAGAUAUCUGGGUCUAGGAUGAUGUUGCAAGUGGAACUUGUAUUGCUUGUCUGGUCGUGUAAUUCCUGUGGAGUCUGCGUUGCAUGACUAGCACAAGCGCGACGACCUUUUUUGUCAGGCAAAACUGCAGUUUGUCUCUGUCUUUGUAAUGCGCGCUAUGCACCAUGAAGGAGUGCCCAUAAUAGUAAUACUUGUCAUGCUUGGCAACUGCACUAAGAAGACUGUUGCUGUUCAAUUUUGGCCAUUCAGCAUCACAAGUUUCCAGACCCAGACAUACUUUCAAUGCAUACCAAACUCGCGGCAACAGCAAUUCUACCGCGUCCCGCUUUGGACGACACAGCAGCUGUAUCCACUGCAAAAAUAUGUCCGGAUCGACGUCUUAAAAAGACUGUGAUAUUUGUCAUGCUACUGUACUAGUCUGGCAUAGCUUUGGUCUGAGCUCUGUAGUGCGCACCGACAAGGACGAGGUCCUCUUGAUGCCUGUCAUUCACAAACGCAGUUUCUCAUCAUGCGGGAUACGAAUAGGAAUGAAAAAGCAACGAUAAAAUCCGUUAUUAUGCUACUUGGCGGUGCAUUAGCAUUUACACUUAUUCACUGACAUGCGUCACAACUUAUUAUGUAUAAAAAGGAACUUGUUCAUUUCAGGGGACCCAGACAUGUUUGCAGUGCAUAAGCUGCAAGACGCCAUCGAACCGACGCAAGCGGACUACGAUUUGCAAGCGGACUUCGCUUUUGCGUCGGAGUUGCAGGCGGUCGUGUUGGCGGUGGAAGAACCGCAGAUAGCGGGGACGCACGGAUGAAAAGGUUACACUGGUGGGUGUUUAAGGCUCGAAGAGUUGCACGACGAGUGUGGCCGGGCUGAUUGUCGGUCAGGGGAAACAAGAAUAUCUCAUCUCUCCUCGUCAUCACGAAGAGCGAUCGCCUCGCCUAGCGGCUACGGUAAUGAGCAAAGCAUUUUUUGUUGGGUCGACGGGAGAUAGAAGAUACUUUUAGUAGUUUGUUUUGACUAAUAUUGUUUUUGGGAAUACAGAGUGCGAUCCAAGUGCAACAAAACUACCAGGAAGCCCAAAUGCCGAUGCCGCAUGGAAACUACACGUCGUGGGCAGCAUGUCUACUUUAAGAUUUCUUCCACUCAUCAAUGUUUCUGUAUACUAGGCUGUCAAAAAUGAAACCUUAAACCUGUCAAUGUCAUGGAAAACGAGAAGAAGUCUUUCUUUUCAAACUUUCUGUUUCGAACCAAAUAACCACUCUGCAAAUUUCGAUUUCAUACUUUUCUUCCAAACGCCGAACGCU